AAAAAAAAAAAAGGGAAAUAAGUCAAUAAGUAGUCCCUUGUCUACUCGAACCCUUUCCUUUUCUCCUUUUUCAUCCCUUUGUUUGUUUUUCUCUCUCUUAAUAUUCAUCUUCUUUUCUUUCGGAAUACGAAAUCCCUAAUUCAGGCCAUUGCCAAUGGACCUGGUUUUUCCACUCUAAAGCCACCACUAUCACCUCCCCAAACUAACCAAACCCAUUUCUAUCUAUUCUUUAUUAUUAUUUUUCUUGACAAUUUUUGCUACCUGAAAAGCUCAACUUGGACAUAUAUCUUCUGCUGCUUUUACAACCACCCUUUUUGCUUGUUUUAAAAUAAAAAGCUUAAUUACUCGAUCAAUACCCACUUUACUCGAUCACCCAGAUCGUCUUUUUCCAGAUCUUCGUUAAAAGCUUCAUGGGAGACAUGGAUUCAGGGAAUAGUGGAAGUAUACAGUCUUCGAGCACAGGCGGCGGCGGCGGCGGCGGUGGUUGUGGAGAUGAUCAAGAAUACGACUCACGUAGCGGCGGCGGCGGUGAGUGUAUCUCCGCGUUUUUUAACUCCUUCAGCAAUAUGGGUGGUGGUGGUGGUGGUGGUGGUGUUCCGCUUCAACUUUACUCUUUGAGUAAUGGAUCAUCUUCGUUUACUAAUAACAACAACAAUCAAGUAUCCAACUAUUUUGAUCAACCACCUACUUUAUCACAAUCUUCUUCACUUGAGUGUCCAAACUUUAUGAUUAACUAUAAUACUACUAUUAUUAAUAAUAAUAAUAAUGGUACCAAUAAUAAUGAUAAUAAUAAUAAUAAUAAUAAUAAUAAUAAUAAUAAUAAUCAGCUAGACAUGGUGUGGCCCAACAAAUUCUCUUCAAUUCGACCGUCUUUGUCAACCGAUGAUGCCAAUUGCACCGAGGGUCCUUUUGGCUACACCAUACCCAACAACAACCACCAACAACAAAACCCACCUCGCCCACUUCCUUUACCUAUACCAUCCCCGCCCGUGACCUCGCCACUGUCCUCAACAGCACCAACUAUUACCGGAUCAGGUCGAAACCCCAAGAAGAGGUCCAGAGCUUCUAGGAGAGCGCCUACUACUGUGCUGACUACCGACACCAACAAUUUCAGACAAAUGGUCCAGGAGUUUACUGGCAUCCCUUCACCUCCCUUCACCGCCUUCUCCACUCGAGGCCGAUUCGAUCUUUUUGGUGGCUUAGGUGGUCUUACUAGCUCCGCAGUGCCUCCCCCUAGUUACCUUUUAAGGCCUUUUCCACAAAAGAUACCUUCUCUUCAACAACCACCGUAUUUAGCCAAUCAUAAUCCCUCUCUUCCUUCACAUACUAGUAAUAAUACUAGUACUACUAUUGAUGGUCUAGGAUUGUCCGCGACUCCAAGUUCUACUACGGCUAGCACUAGUAUUAGCACCAGUGGUAUAGCAGCAGCACCAGCUUCUGCCAAUUUUCAUAUGUGUGAUCCUCAACAGUUUCUUAGCACCAACCCUCAGCUCAGCUUCCAGUCUCUCCUCGAACAAACUUCUUCUGCAUUAACUGAUCAUCAUCACCAAGAUUCGAGCAUGAGUCUCGGGUGUACUACUGUCACACCUCUUCAGACUAGCUGCUCUGUUAAUCCUGCAGCUGGUAACUACCGCGGCAUCAGUGCUAUUACUUCUGCUGCUGCUGCUGCUGCUGUCAAUGGCGCCUCUGAUAAUAAUGUAGGUGCCACUAAGGGUGAAGGUAUGGUAGAUUCAUGGAUUUGUUCAUCUGAUUAAUUUAUUAAUUAAUUAGUCGAUCUUUGUUAUAUUUUGUGUAUUUAAUUGAUUAUAUAUGUAGCAAAUUAAACUGUAAGUUCUAAAAAAAUGAUUAUUAACUAGCACUAAUUGGGGCGGGUUAAUAGUUUUUAGCUAACUAAGCUAGUACGAAUUAUUGAAGUAUAGUAUUGUAUGUAACUUAUUAACCAUUUGAGGAUCUACAAUCAUCUGUACUGUGUAUAUAUUGCUAAUAUACAUGAGUUCUGCUUCAUUUGUUAUACUAUUAUAUGAAUUCUAUCUCAA